AUGGGUGUAUACGGGGAUACUGCUUCGAUGCUGGGAAGCUCUGUUCAGCUCUACUCUGGGUCUGAUGAGGCAGGUGUCUUGGCCAUCGUGGUUUCCAGCGCGCUUUCACUCCUCGUGACGCUGAUCAUGGCCGUUAUGAUGACCCCGGUUUUGCUUCACCGCCCGAAAGGGCCCAGGAGUCAUGUCGCUCCUAUACUAUCGUCACUUAUGGCAGCGACCGUGCUCCAGGCGGUUGGUUCACUCAUGAACCUUCGUUGGGUGCUCCAAGGGUAUGCCGACAACAGCACGUUUUGCAGCGCUCAAGGUGCAUUAAAGAACACGGGGAACGUUGGAAUUGCCGUAUGGUCUUUCCUCACGGCAGCAUACUCUUUCGAUCGCCUGUUCUUGCGAGAUACCUGCACUAGACUUGGAAAAUGGCUCCUACUCAUCGGAGGAUGGACUGCCGUCGCAUUUGUUCCUCUCAUCGGUCGCGUGGCCAUACAGCGCAAAUCCAAUGGUCCUUACUUCGGUGUAUCUGGUCUGUGGUGUUGGAUCACAGAUGAAUACCCGGUCGAGCGCUUCAUGCUCGAGUACUUCAUCGAAUUCCUCUCCGCGGGACUGUCGUUCAUCCUCUACAUGGCGGUACUCCUGCGCGUGCGCGGCAAUCUGGCGCAGAGCAACGGAAAAUGGCGCUUGCGCUGGGUGUCCAAGGAAGACGCGUGGCAGCUCGCCAUCAGCCGCGACCUCAUCGAUUCGCUCAUGCAAAAAGUCGCUCUGUUCGCUGUUCUGUUCCCGGUUGCAUACGGUAUCUUGCUCGUCCCUAUCGCGCUCGCUCGCUUCACAGAGUUUGCGGGCAAGGACGUGCCGCUUUGGGCGACGGUGCUGGCUGAUAUGAUCUUCAACUUGACGGGGGCCGUGGACGCGAUCCUGAUCCUGGUCUUGCGGCGCAAGCUUCCCGAGAUGGCGGCACUGCCUGACCUGAGCACCAAGCGCCAGAAGGUCGACCUCGACGAUCCGCUGGGAAAGGUGGGCAUCACGCCCUUCUUCGUCCAGCGCCCGACCGGCGGCGAUGAUCUCGAGCGUAUGGUCACCGCGGAGGAGAAGGAACGCGAUAGGAUGAGCCUCAGUUCUGUCGAUAUGAUGUCUCAUCCACCUUUGAAGGCGCGCGAUGUCAUUUGA